AUGGCUACAGAAAAUAUUCCUCUCCUCACUCCUUACAAAAUGGGAAGAUUUAAUCUUUCUCACAGGAUAGUUCUUCCACCAUUGACAAGGAAUAGGGCAAACAACAACAUCCCACAACCACAUGCCAUUGAGUACUAUUCUCAACGAGCAACCAGUGGAGGGCUCAUUAUUUCUGAGGCAAAUGGCGCAUGCGAUAUCUCACUACGGUGCCCAAAUAUGCCUGGAAUUUGGACAAAGGAGCAAGUUGAGGCGUGGAAACCAGUUGUCAAUGCUGUUCAUAACAAGGGUGGUAUCUUUUUCUGCCAAAUUUGGCAUCCGGGUCGCGUUUCUGACUAUACUACUCAGAAAUGGUGGUUUAUCGGCAGAGAGGAGGAUCAAGAUGACAAGGACACGACACCUGAACAACUGAAAUUGGAAGAUAAUGUAUCUGACAAUUAUAAUGAGAAGUGGUUCUUCAUCGACAGAGAGCCUAAGGAUCAAGCCUACAAAGGAACAACACCUGAAAAGCUGAAAUUGGAAGAUAUCCCACAGAUCAUCAAUGAUUACAGGGCUGCUGCGCGUAAUGCCAUCGAUGCUGGAUUUGAUGGGGUUGAGAUUCUUGGUGCAAAUGGGUACUUAAUAGACAAACUCAUGAAGGAUGAAGCCAACGACAGGACAGAUCAAUACAGUGGCAGCUUAGAGAACCGCUGUCGCCUGGCGCUGGAAGUGGUUGAAGCAGUGGCCGAAGAAAUAGGAGCAGAUAGAACCGCGAUAAAAUUAUCUCCCUACGAUGAUUACAAGGGGACUACUGGAGAUUCAACUCCAGAGGCACUAGGUCUCUACAUGGCUAAUGCACUUACCAAUCUCGGAAUUCUAUAUCUACAUGUUACAGAGCCAAGGAUGAUCAAAGUAGGUGACGAUUACAUAACUCCUCGAAGCCUUCUGCCAAUCAAGAAAGCGUUUAAUGGCACCUUUAUUGCAUCUGGUGGUUACAAUAAAUAUGAUGGUGACAAAGCUAUAGAAGAGAGUUAUGCUGAUUUAGUGUCGUUUGGACGUCUGUUCUUGGCAAAUCCAGAUUUACCUAAGCGUUUUGAGAUCAAUGCGCCUCUUAACAAGCACGAAAGGAGUACUUUCUAUAUUCAGGAUCCAGUUGUUGGAAUUGUUUUAGCACCAUUAACCAGAAGCAGAUCUUACAACAAUGUUCCACAGCGACACGCGGCGCUGUAUUACUCUCAGCGCGCAACCAAUGGCGGUUUUCUUAUUACUGAAGCCACUGCAGUUUCUAAUACUGCUCUGGGGUAUGCACAUUAA